AUGGGUACGUUUCGCCCUUUUCUCCAGCCCACUCAAGCUAACCCAAAGCUAGCUCCAACCACUAUAAAAGCGCAGUUCCAUCGCAUCGGGUCGUCCUUCUCGAUCUGCCGCAGCUCCUCAGGCGCAAUGCCGAACGACGCCGAAGGUGGCUUCACCAACGGCCACUCGAACGAGCGGACUGGCCUGCUCAACGGGAACAGCAGCCGUCAUGGCGGCAGCCAGCGCUGGUCCCGUCGCGACGAGCGGCUCUGGGUCAGGAUCCCCUACGAGACCUGCCACUUGACCUAUGCGACCCUCGCCAGCAACUAUAUCAAUAUCCUGCUGGUCUUUGUGCCGCUCGGCCUGCUCUCGGGCUUCCUGGGAUGGUCGCCGACAGCGACGUUCGUGCUCAAUUUCAUUGCGAUCAUGCCCCUGGCCUCUCUGCUCAGCUUUGCGACAGAGGAGCUGGCGUCGACCCUGGGUGAGACGCUCGGUGGACUGCUCAAUGCCACCUUUGGAAACGCCGUCGAGCUCAUCGUCAGCAUUGUCGCAUUGUCGAAGAAUGAGAUCCGCAUCGUCCAGUCCAGCAUGCUGGGCAGCGUACUCUCCAACAUCCUCCUCGUCCUAGGAUGCUGCUUCUUCUUCGGUGGGCUCAAACACCACGAGCAGAAAUUCAACAGCACUGCGGCAUCCACCAUGUCCUCCAUGAUGACCGUCGCAUCAGCCUCCCUGAUCAUCCCUUCCACUCUCUACGCCUCUCUCGCUUCCUCCAAGGCCGACUCCAGGGAGAACAUCCUCUUCCUCUCCCACGGCACCUCCAUCAUCCUCCUCAUCGUGUACAUCAUGUACCUCUUCUUCCAGCUGCGGUCUCACUCCGACUUGUUCGAGAGCUCUAACGUCGAAGACGGUGACGUCAGAGCAGAAGAGGAAGAAGAAGAGCGCACCCUCAACCCGUACGCUGCCUCCAUCUUGCUCCUCGUCGUCACCGUCCUCGUCGCAGGAUGCGCAGAGUACCUCGUCGGAAGUAUCGAGCCUAUCGUCCAGUCUACCGGUAUGAGCAGGACUUUUAUCGGUCUUAUCCUUAUCCCCAUCGUCGGUAACGCUGCCGAGCACGUUACGGCUGUCGUAGUCGCAUGCAAGAACAAGAUGGACCUGGCCAUUGGCGUCGCCAUCGGAAGCAGUCUGCAGAUCGCCCUCUUCGUCACUCCUUUCCUAGUCAUCCUCGGCUGGAUCAUGGACAAGGACAUGACCCUCCACUUCCAGACCUUCGAGACCGUUGCUUUCUUCGUCUCCGGUCUCGUCGUUACCAUCCUCAUCCAGGACGGCAAGUCCAACUACCUUGAGGGUGGCCUCUGUCUUGGAAUGUACGUUAUCAUCGCCCUUGGAUUCUACGUCUAUCCAGAUGACGCAGGUGAUAUCGGCACAGUUGCUUCUCAGCUCGCCAGCCGUUUCGCCCUCUAA